GAAUGACGACGUCAACAGUUUGCUAGUUCACAAAUCCAUCUGUUGUGGGGUGACGAGGUGCACAACCAUGGACAUCCAUGUGGCACUUAGGGGCCGUGUCCUCGGCAAGACGAUCACAUACUACGAGCUGAGGCAUCAUCGUGGAGACGAGGAUGGUCACCUAUCUGAUUUCGCCAAUGACAUGACGGGGCAUGAGGUGCGCCAUUACGAGGUACACGCAAAUGGAGAAAAAGUUCUCCAUGUUAGUGUGGCUUUGGGAUUUGUGGGAGACCUGAUGCGCAAGGCUAUCAGUUACGCGAUGAAGGUCGGCAGGGCAAUUCCCAACCGCUGGGACGGGGGGUUGGACGUCCUCGUGGAUGUCAUCGACCUCCUUAUGUCCAACCUCGUGAAUGAGUUUGAGGAUCAUAUGAGUGACCCUGCGGAUUUCAGGGUGCACUCCGAUCCUCGUUUGCAUAACCGCCCAGGUCUCCGUGGUGACAUCCGGCACCUCAAAGCGUAGCAACAACGCCGACGAUGGCGGCAAGAGAACUGGGAUGAUAAGAGAGCAAUAUGGAAAACU